AUGGCACGACAUAACUUGCCAGACCAGGAGCAGGUCGACCAGCUCGCGCAGGCACCAAAUCGCUCCGGCCUGGUUGACCGCAGGUUCUUCCAACGCCAAUUCCAUUACCUCAUCAAACCGCUGCAAAGAGGAUACCACAUCGUCUUUACGAAUCAUGAAAUUGUGCCGCUCGAGGUCAUCGAUCGACGAGCAGGCCUCGCUAGCAGUCACACCAUUGACAAGGUUGUGUUGCCCAACUGCCCGGGCCAAGUCUUCUGCCGGCGCCGGAUUCCUCUCGGCAAUAGUCUCGGCAGCCUGACACCGGUCGACUUUGAGGAAGCCGUGAACAGCAUCAGGAGCAUCCAAAACCAACACCUGGUGUCCUGCCACGCAUCAUACACACAUAACGGAGCCGGUUACGUUCUCUUCACGCCCGCUACUGACACAACGUUAAAGUCGUUUCUUGGCAACACACCCUCCAUCUUCAAAAACCAGUCCAAGAAGGACCGCAGGCAACUUGUCAUGAACUGGAUACUUUGCCUCGUUGACACGUUGGCGUAUAUCCAUGGCCGGGGACUCUCGCAUGGCAACAUUAAGUUGUCAACCAUUCUCUUUACCAGCCAACUUCACAUCUUUUACUCUGACUUCACACGGCUCCAUGCUGAGGCACUGUCAGGACAGGCGGACAAGAGCGCCUUCGACCGUGAGUCAUACGACUAUGCGGCCCCGGAACAGUGGUUUCGCCCGACCACUGGGCCGACGAGUCCCGGUGGGCGCAAGGCGACCUUGUCCAUGUCGGUCUCCCCAGAGUCGCAUACGGGUUUCUCCAUAUCUCGCAGUGACAAUCCAAACAACCCCAACUCGAUGCUUCAAUCUCCCAAUCCACAUCUGAAUCCGCAAGCAGCCGACAUCUUCUCACUCGGAUGUGUUGUGCUCGAAAUGGUAGGUUUCAUUCUGAAAAAGAGCGCAAAAUCUUUCGCGACGCACCGGGCAUCGAAGAACAAGACAGCAGGCCGUGGGGGUGCAGUUCCGGACUCAUCUUUCCACAAAAACCUCGGCCAAGUGGAAUCUUGGAUGACGAUACUUGCCAAAGAAGCUUCCAAGAAAACAUCCGAGAGUGACGGCGCCGCGGUCCUCCGUGGCGUGGUGCCCAUGCUGCACAUUAUCGCCUGUAUGCUCUCAGCGAAUCCGAUCGAUCGACCACCGGCGGACGAAAUCCAGCAUCGAGUUUACCAGAUUCUGACACAGAACGCUGGCAUCACUGAGCCGCACUGCGUCCAUCGCUAUGGCAGUUGGGAUCUCGGAUUCAGCCACCUGCGCAUUCAGUCGCCGACGCAAGGCUUCGAAGGAGGAUUGAUGCCGCAUCGUCAAAACACAUCAGCCUCGCGGUCCAGUCGAGACAGCGAGAGCUUCAGCGGGCGACGACUAGGCCACUCCCGAACCAACAGCAGCGGUGCCCUGUCGGAAAACAGCCAGGCCAGCAGCUCAGCGAGCAGCGAUAGGGGAGGUCAGGAAACCGAGCUCGGGUCGAGCGCGGGCUCCAUGUCCGUGUCGGGAUCUGGCUUCGCCGCGUUGAGGAAUAUUCGCGUACCCCAGGUGAGGUCACCCGGGAAAUGGCAAACUUCUCCAACCGCAGGGUCGCCAUCAAUGUACACAGGGCAGGGUGGGCAGGCGUCGGUGUACUGA